CUAGCGAGUAAUUGUGAAUAAAACUUCAUACUUAGUACGAGUUUGCAACAUAGCGACUUCUUUCUUAUGGUCGCGACUCAAUCGGAACAUCCCAGCAGCGCGUCAUAAGCUUGGCACCAGUCCCAACCCUCAACUUUUUUUGAAACCGCACCGCAUCGACAGUACACCAACACAACAUUUCCCCUCCUCCAGACACGCACUCGCAGCCAUGGGGAAAGGAACCGACAAACUCUACAUCACGCACUCGGAGUGGUCCUCGAGCGACGCCUUCGGCACCUCGCGCGGCGCAAACGCAGGCCGGGCGGAAAACUCGGGCGGCUCCUUUCGACGACUCCCCUUCAACUACUGCGCCGUGUCGCUGCAGCCGUUCACCGACCCCGUCUGCACAUCCACGGGCACCAUCUUCGACCUCACGCACAUCCUCACCUGGCUCUCGAAGCACAAGGACACCAACCCGGUCGACGGCUCGCCGUUGAAGCGCGCGGACUUGAUCGCGCUGCACUUCGCGAAGAACGAGGAUGGCGAGUACGUCGACCCGGUCACGUACAAGGUGUUCACGGACAACACGCACAUCGUCGCGCUGGGGAACACGGGCAAUGUGUUCUCGUGGGACACGGUGGAGCGGCUGAACAUCAAGUCGAAGAACUGGAAGGACCUGGUGUCGGACGAGGACUUCAGCAGGAAAGACAUCAUCACGCUGCAAGACCCGCAGAACAUCGAGGCGAGGAACUUCGGGCAGUUCAAGCAUAUCAAGGACGGCGAGACCAUCGUGCCCGGAGAUGAAGGCAGCGUCAACGUAGAAGCGCUGGGCAACGCUGCUAAGAUUCUGAAGGCCAAAGAGGCCGUCGCAAAGGCUCGAGCGGACCGACAACUCAAAGCAGCAGGCGGACAAGUUUCAAAACCGGGCGCGUCUGCUCAGAAGAACGGCGCUGCCUCGAAAGCAGCGCCGCCACCUCCCGCCAAAAUGGCCUACAACGCCGCCGUCUACACCUCCGGCAAAGCAGCCGCAUCCUUCACAUCCACGGGCGUGACGCCGCACACAUCAGGCGAGCGGGCCAUCCUCUCCGACGAAGACUACAUGCUGAAGCCCAAGCGCGUCAAGAACAAGGGGUACGCCCGGAUCUCCACGUCCCUGGGCGACCUGAACAUCGAGCUGCUGCCGGAAUUCGCGCCGCGCGCGGUCUGGAACUUCGUGAAGCUCGCGCAGAAGGGGUACUACAGGAACACCAUCUUCCACCGCAACAUCAAGGGGUUCAUGAUCCAGGGCGGCGACCCCACGGGCACGGGCCGCGGCGGCCAGAGCAUCUGGGGCAAGCCGUUCAACGACGAGUUCGACGGGCCGGAGAAGCACGAUAAGAGGGGCGUGCUGAGCAUGGCGAAUAAGGGGAAGAACACAAAUACUUCGCAGUUCUUCAUCACGUAUCGUCAGGUGCCGCAUCUGGAUCGAAAGCAUACCAUCUUCGCGCGGGUGGUCGGCGGAUUGGACACGACGCUCAAGUCGAUGGAGAUGGCGGAGACGGGCGAGAAGGACAAGCCGGUCGAGGACCUCGAGAUCCUGGACGUCGUCGUGUUUGUCGACCCCUUCGAAGAGUGGGAGAAGGAGCGCAAAGACAAGGCGAACAAAGAGGAAGAAGAAGAGGAGAUCCGCAGACAGGGCGGCAGGGCAGACGAGAGGACCACAUGGACGGGGAAGAGGAUACGCAAAGACGGUACCGUCGACAACGAUUCAUCCGCCGGCCAGGGCGUUGGGAAGUAUCUCCAAGCAGCGAAGCAGCAGCAGCAACAAAACGAAGACGAGAUCGUCGGCGAAUGGGACGAAGCCGACGAACCGCCCGUCAAGAAGAAAGCGCGGACAGGCGGAUUCGGAAACUUCGACAGUUGGUGAUAAAAAGAAGAAAAGAAACGAAGAAAAAGUCACGCUUGGAGUUUAAAACAAACACUCAUAUAUAUACUGUUCAGUACACCGAUUAACCUAGAUACCCAAACCCCACCCACCCUUCCAUCCUUACAGAAUAUAAACUGUUCACCUAGACGUUCUUCCGUCGGGCACGGCCGUACUU